AUGCCGAUAUUACUUUUAUCAAAAGAAGAGAAAUUUUCACAAAUUUGGAAGAGACGUAUUUCAAGCCUGAGUCAUGGAAUCUCAUCGUCCUCGUCCUCGUCCUCCUCCUUUAGACACGGAUCUAGUGGCAGCUCAAGUACGCGUACAAAAGGUGGUGGUUCAUCUGGUUUGACAACUGGGUCGGGUAGCAACUUUCGUCCCUUGGCUGUAGGUGGAGGUGCUGCUAUUGGAGGUGCUGCUGUUAAUUCAGGUUCUAUAAAUCAAAACAAUGGCAACAAAGACUUGUUGUGGCUAUUUUUUCUCCUACUAUUAAUUCCAAUAAUACUAGUAGUUGUGCUUCUUUGUUGGAGAAGAAGGGUGAAAAAGAAACAAAAGUUGCAACAAUAUAGUCACGAGCCACAGAUACAGAGAAUAAGACAGGUGGGGUAUCAAACGGAGUAUUUUCCUCCAGAUACAGAACAUCCGCCUCCCACCUACCUGCCGAAGAUAAGAAGAAGAACGAGUUCUAAGGUAUACUAUCCAGAGAACUCUAAUCAGCAAUAUUAUAAUGGACAACAGCAACAGCAACCACAGUAUGUACCACCGCAAGAUCCACAAACUACCCAAUUUGCAGGGUACAACAAUGAUAAUUAUGGAGGGUACGGUGGCGGUGUGCCUGCUGGUUCAGAAACUCAGUCAGGGUAUUAUGAUGGGAGAAAUGGCAAUAAUGCACCAGAAUAUGAAUAUGAGAGACCAAAUGGACCGCCACCAGUGCACACAAAGUACUAA